CUUCUCAUCCCCAUCCCCGUCCCUGACCUCUUUCCCACCAUCCUUCUCUCUGGGGGCCAUGGCGAAGAUGAGGUGGCCCCGCCCUGUCACUGAUGUAACCUGUUGUCAUUACGUCACCGCCACGCCCCCUCCGCCCUUUCCCCUCCCCCAAGACUGUGGGCCUGAUCCCUGCCUCUGCCCCUGCCCCUGCCCCAGCGAAGGGUCCUCCCUUCCCACGUGUGCCAGGAUCCCCGGAGGCGCCACCGUCAAUGGUCUUGAUCACCUACUUCCUGUGUCUGCCGACCUAGCUGCGGGAUCCCUUCCCCCCGCUGCCCCUGGGGCCUGGGUCCUUGCUGAGAGCCCCAGACAGAGCCGGGGAGACCCGCCCUUGGCUUUGGGGAUGGCCGUCCCCCUGAACUCCCACGUCCUGGGCCCCCAGGAGCACUUCGGCCUCCUCAGUCUGAAGGUGAUGGACGACAUGCCCGAGGAAGAGGAAUUCAUCCCUGGGGGGGAGGACUUUGACACAGACUACGAUGCCUUCUGCCAAGGCCUCACCGAAGAUCUGGGAGACCCGCACGAAAGGGCGGAACAGUUCCUGACCAUCAUGCUUGGCAACGUGGAGACCUGGAUGAAGUUACAGCACCUGGAGCCCAGCGAGGAGGAGCUGUUCCUGGAGGACUCCCCGACCCAGCUACUGGAGAAGAAAGAUCUGCUUUCCCAGGACCUCGCUUUCCACGAGGAGUGGAACCCCGAAGAGGAGGUGGAGGAAAUGUCAGCCGAGUUCUUGGCCUCCAGGUCCCAGGAGCCCGUGACGUUCCAGGAUGUGGCCGUGGACUUCACCCAGGAGGAGUGGAGGCAGCUGGGCCCUGCCCAGAGGGACCUGUACCGGGACGUGAUGCUGGAGAACUACGGGAACCUGGUGUCCCUGGGACUUGUGGUAUCCGAACCUAAUGUCAUCUAUCAUUUGGAACAAAAGAAAGAGCCAUGGCUACUGGAUCUACAGGGAAGUGACAAGACAAAGGUACUAAAAGACACCUGUCCAGACCAGAGCACCCAAACUGAGGGCAAGGUAAAGUCUUCUUCAAAGAAAGGCACAUCUAAAAAAAGGUCCCUUCAGGGGCCAGUAAUGGAAAAACCCACAAGGGAUAGUCCCUUGAACUCCAAGUUGAGAGUAACCAGUCAGUGUGAAGGUAUGUUGAAGAGAAAAAAGAAAAGAAGCCAGGAGAAACUCUAUGAAUGUAGUGAAUGUAGAAAAGCCUUUAAUUACUUCUCUGCUUUUAUUCGACAUCGGAGAAUUCACACUGGAGAGAAGCCCUUUGAAUGUGGUGCAUGUGGGAAGACCUUCAGCCAGAACACAUGCCUUACUGUACAUCAGAGAAUCCAUACUGGAGAGAAACCCUACGAAUGCGAUGAAUGUGGGAAGAUCUUUAGUGAUAGCUCAACCCUUAUUCGGCAUCAGAUCAUUCACAAUAUAGAGAAACCUUAUAAAUGUCAUGAAUGUGAGAAAUCCUUCAGUUAUUGCUCAGCCCUUAUUCGGCACCUUCGGAUUCACACUGGAGAGAAGCCCUAUGAAUGUAAUGAAUGUGGGAAAGCCUUCAGCCACAGCACGUGCCUUACCCAGCAUCAGAGAACUCACACUGGAGAGAAGCCCUAUGAAUGUAAUGAAUGUGGGAAAGCUUUCAGCCAGAAUUCAUCCCUAUAUUACCACCAGAGGACUCAUACUGGAGAGAAACCCUAUAAAUGCAAUGAAUGUGGGAAAGCCUUCAGUUACCAUGCAUCCCUCACUCAACAUAAGCAAACACAUACUGGAGAAAAGCCCUAUGAAUGUAGUGAAUGUGGGAAAACCUUCAGUCGAAGCACAUAUAUUAUUGAACAUCAAAGAAUUCAUACUGGAGAGAAACCCUAUGAAUGUACAGAAUGUGGGAAAGCCUUCAGAUACUGCUCAGCUCUUACUCAACAUCAGAAAAUGCAUACAGAAGAGAAACCCUAUGAAUGCCGAGAAUGUGGAAAAGGCUUCCACUUCUACUCAGCUCUUAUUCAGCAUCGGAAAACUCAUACUGGAGAGAAACCUUAUGAAUGUACUGAAUGUGGAAAAGCCUUUAUCAGGAGUACCUGCCUUACCCAACACCAGAAACUUCACACUGAAGAAAAAUCCCAUGAAAACAGCGAAUUGAGGAAAGUCUUUGGCCAAAGCUCAUCCCAUCCUGAAAAGCAGAGAAUUAAAACUGGAGGGAAAUCCUAUGAAUGCAAUGAUUGUGGGAAAAUCUUUAAGUAUUUCUCAAUCCUCUCUCAACAUCAGAAAACUCAUACUGGUGAAAAACCCUAUGAGUGUAAUGAAUGUGGGAAGACCUUUAGCCGGAGCACAUGCCUUACCAAACAUAAUAGAACCCAUACAGGUGAGAAACCCUAUUUAUGCAGUGUAUGUGGGAAAGCAUUCAGUCAAAACUCAUCUCUUACAGAACAUCAGAGAAUUCAUACUGGAGAGAAACCCUAUGAAUGCAGUAAAUGUGGGAAAGCCUUUAGCCGGAGUACAUUCCUUACUCGUCAUCAGCAAACUCAUACUGGAGAGAAGCCCUAUGAGUGCAGUGAAUGUGGGAAAACCUUCAGCCAGAGGUCAUCUCUUUUUUACCACCAGAGAACUCACACUGGAGAAAAACCAUAUGAGUGCUUUGAAUGUGGGAAAUCCUUCAGCCGCAGCACAUUCCUUACUCAGCAUCAGAGAAUUCAUACUGGAGAGAAACCCUAUGCAUGUAGUGAAUGCGGGAAUACUUUCAGUAGGCGUGCAGCCCUCACCAAGCAUCAAAAACUUCACACUGAAAAGUAAUCCUAGGGUCUCUUGGCUAACCUGCAUGGCCCUGGAUUACAAGUGUGACUGAAGCUGCUGGAUUUCCUCUAAUGAAGCCCAUUUCGGAGAUCCUCGGAGAGUUGAGCCCCUCCUGAGGAGACAAUGUCCCCCAGACAAACUCUCAGCUGGAGAAACCCUGGUUGACAGCUGACUCCCAAAGACCUGGCUCUGUUUGCCUUCCCCUUCACUCCCAGCCCCGGCUAGCUCCCAAGAGUCAAAAUAUGGGUUGGUGUUUCUAGGGAUCAGGGCUUGUCCUAGAAGGAAACGACUUAGACCUCUAGCUGGGGCAUCCCUCCAGAGCCUAGUUUCCUGGCUGUCUAGCCAGGAAGGUGGAGACCUGGGUGAAGUCCCAGCAUCCAAAGCCCAUUUAGCAGGCAGUUUGACUCAGAAACUUGACAAGAGUGGCGAGAGGUAUGGAUGGGUAUGGGAGGCCCUGGAGAUAUCCAGGGCAUGAAGUAAACUUGGCACCUGGUGUUGGGGGGAAGGAACCUUGGAUCAAGUCCAGGACAUGAGCACCUCCCUGCCUCAGGCUGUGGUGGGAGGGAAGGGUGGGGGGAGAUGGAGAGGGAAGAUGGGGAGGGAGGGAGAGAUGAAGGGGAAGACAUGGGGGGAAGAGAGAAAGGAAAGGGGGAGGGGGAGAGAAGGUUGGAUUCUCCUCUUGAACCCUCUGGAUCACAUCUGUCCCACUUCAUGUACAGUCAGGUCCCCGGGAGCCAUGUUUAGAAGUGCAUUCUUCAUUGAGAUCAUGUGGGAGAGAUCUUCUCCUUCCAAACAUCUUUUCGAUCCAGAUCUCAAAUCGACGGUUUUCCACCUAUCACUUCGGUGAUUUCGUUUGUCGCCUUCCCAGAAUCAGAGGAAGUCCCUAAGGCUCGUACUAUUGUCCCCUUUUACCGUUAAGAUGAAUAAGGCUACUGAAUUUCCCAAGACCAUAAGACAAGUUAGUGAUGUCGGAAGCACAUCCUUCAGGUAAAUUUCCUUGGUUAGGCAGGGCCACACGUGACUCUUCACAGAGCUGAUUUCGCCAGAGAACCCAGAAAAUGGAUCCUUGAUAUAUACUGGGUGAGGGGAGGGGGGGAGUCUGAGUUAGCAAAAGUAAUAUUUUCCUUCAUUAAAAUCGUCUAACCCAAGGGAUCCUGGAUGCCCCCUUGUAGGAAUCCCCCUGCUACAUCCCGGAUUGGCAGUUAUCCAUUUUCUGCUUGAAUCUUUCUGAUGAAAGGGAGGUCGUGACUUCCUAAAACAGCUCAUUCCAUUCUUGGAGAGGCUCUCAUUGUUUGAAAACUCUUCAUGAUGAGGCCAAAGUGAAUUCUCCCCUUUCCAGUUAGAGACCUGAAUGAGGCUUCCCAGAAGGGCGGGUGAUUCUGCCCCCUUGGCAGGUAUUGAGUCGUUCCUCACCCCCAUCCUCCAUGAGAUCUCAUGAGGAUCCAUUGAUGUUUAAAUGGGAGCCAUUACUAGAUAGGCUGGAUCUCAGUCCUCCCAGAAGGGAGGGAAUGGCUUAGCCCACUUCUCCCUCGCCUUGAGCGAACAUCGGAGAGCUUUAGCUUCAUGCUGGCGCCAUUUAGGGCUUCUGUUUCCCUUGCCCUGGUUGUCAUUGACUUGCCACUGGAUUUGGAUGAGUCUGAGAGAGUGAGGCUGAAAUCCCACUCGCUCUAGAGUCAAGCCAUCACCUGUGAGGCCACUGGGCCUCUUCACAGUGGAGGAUGGAGCCACAGCUCUGAUUUUAUCUUCCUUAGGUGAUGCAGAGGCUAGGAUGUUGGAUUUGGACUCAGGCAGACCGGAGUUUGAGCUCUUAGCCUCAGUUUCCCCCUAUGUCAGAUAGGGGUAAUAGCAACAGUACCUACUUCACAGGGUUGUUGCAAGUAUCAAAUGGGAACACACGGACACAGGGUCUUUCCCCUAGUUGUCCUUUGCUAGUGUAGAAAAAAUGUUUUUGGUCUGGUCCUGUGAUUUCAUCAGUAUAGAAAGAGUCCUGAUAUAAUCAGCAGAGUGAGGCACUCUGGAGAGUUGCUUAGAGCACUCAGAGAUUAAUUGAUUUACCAGGGGCUCCCCAGCCAGCCAGCCAGUGUGGGAGGAAGACGGGACUUGAGGCUGGCUCCUCUGGCCGCCCUUGAUUCCUGGGCAGACAGACAUGGAGGAGAGAUAGUUGGAAGCAGCAUCCUGGAAACACAGAAAUGCGCUGAUAGCCCAGACCAAGAGUCGGGGAGAAGCUGCUUUGGUCUCUUCAUUGGAGAAGAAGGGACAAGCUCUGAGGCUUUCAUUCCUUCUAUAAGGACCAGUGCCUGGAAGGUGAAGAGGUACAUUUCUGCUCUAUGUAAGGAAAACACUUUCUCAUAAUUAGAGCUCUCUAAAAGCGAAUGAGGCUGCUUCUACAGGUAGUGAGUUCCCCAUGCUGGAAGGUCAUCAAGCAGAAGCCAGAGGGAUGACUACUUGUGGAGGAUGAUGCUCUAGAAAGGACUGGUUGGACUGGAUGACCUGUGAGGCCCCUCCUGCCAUGACUCUACUCGGAGCCGGUAGAGGGUAUAGAGGACAGUCCACUUGGCUGAGGGUCUCUCUGGGUGGCCUCCUCCAGGACUGUGUAAUCCCGCCCUCCCGCCUGGGUGGCUGGGUAAGAAGAGGGCGGGCCUUAGUGAGCCCCGCCUACAUCAUCAGCCCCCCCCCCCCCCUCGGGUGGCCAACUCCUUGGCUGCUUUCUCAGUCCUAAUCACACUCGUAAAUCAUCCAUUCGAAUUAAUCUGACGGCGCCCCCUGCUGGCUGUGGGCCCAAAGUCCAGCCCGCUUCUUACGCACCAGAUGGGGGUUCUUUGCCGGGGUCCCAUGUGUAGAUUUUGGGGGAUCCAUGAGCCGGGAUGCUGACCCCCCACCACACACUCUCCAUCUUUAGUUCCAACAGCCCUCUCGCUGAAAUUGAGCCUUUCCUUCCAUUACAAAAGUUAGACAAUAUUGUGAAGGGCUCCAUCAGGUCGCCAUUGUGACUUCGUCUCAUCUCCGCGCAGUAGUAAAGUAGCGCCGGUAAAGAGCCUCCUCUUUGUAAGUCGCAGCUGCGCAGACUCCCACCCUGGCAUGCAGGCUCUUCUGCAGCCGGACACCCCCUUCCUUUCCAGCCUUCCGUCAUAAGCUUCCCCUUCCGGCCCUCGGCCCCGCCCCCAGCCCCGUCCCUGAGCUCUUUGUGCUUCGAGUGUGCCAUGUUUUUUCUCAGCCCAUUCAAUGCCACCCUUCAGAGAGCUUUCCCCAGUUGUUGACCAGCUUCCUCCUGAUCUCGGCUGGCACCUCGCUCUAGAAGUCUCCGACGACCUACGACACCCCCGAGUGCCGCCCAAAAUGGAACUGGGGACCAUUUGGCGACCUGAAGAAAAAGCCGGCCCAAACCUAGAUGAUGCUUCGGGAGAGACGAAGCCAUCCGCCGUCAGCGGGGGUCCUUGGGUAGUCCUGGUGGCCGUAUCCCAUUUGUUUGAGUUUGGUAGCGUUGCGCCGCACUUCUGUGAUGUCUGUACUGUGACUGCCGUGUUUGCGUCCCAUCCCUCCUUGAGGGCAGGGAGUACACCUUGCCGAAACCUUGUACUUCCGUGCCAGCACACGAUGGAUAUUCAAUAAAUGUUGGCUAUAUUGUUCCAUU